AUGGCUUCAAAUGAGCUCUCUAGCAAAGAAACGUUGGUUCGUAUUGAUAUCGACGGAGAAAAAUAUCGUCUGGCAGCCGUUAAUUCAAGCACAGUUGCCGAACUGCGUACCAUUCUUUCAAAACGAUACAAACUGUCAAGCAGUACUCGUUUUCUUGAUGCUGAAGGUUGUAUUUUAUUUCCUGAAGACGAAAAAUUAGUGACCAUCUCAGCAUUAUUAACUGAAAACCAUUUUGUUCGGUUAACAAGUGAUAAAAGUAAAACAACUCCACUACCAAUUCCAGAAAUGAGCAGCAAGGCAUUUGAAAGAAAAACCGAUCUCGCGUACGCUCAAUCACUCAGUCAUUUAAGUAAAGCUCCUUUACUUGAAUUAACAAUACCUAGUUCGACACUGGCAUCUUCACCAAAUGAGGUUACCGUAGAUACUGAUCUAGAUCUGAAUACAUGA